CAUUCGCACAGCCCUCGGAACGCUAAAAUGACGCAUAUGAUCAUUAGAAUAUUAACGAAAGCUCCAAAGUAUUAUAACAAUUUUACAGAAGACUCGCUACUCGAACAUGACGAGUGGCAAGUAACGGACAGCGGUCCAAAGCUUUAGCGCGAGUAUUAAAAAUUGAACUGUUAGUUUAAUUUCGGAUGCGUCGCUGCAACAUUUUAAAGUCUCUGUACCCAUAAAGUGCGUUGAGAUCGAAGACAUGACUUAGUGUAUCAAAAACAUUGAACCCUAAGCACAUGCAACUUUCUAAAGAAAGUUCAAUAUUUAAGUUACGGAGUUCAGUUAAAUUGUGUUUGUUUUAAUUUAAAUUAUAUCGGAGUGUCGCGAUGUUGUGGUGUUAUAUAUUUUGUUUUAUAAGUGUAUUGUCAAGCAGUUCACCGCUCAGCCUAAAUAAGGACGACCUCGUGAUUUCCGAGGACUCUUUCCGUGGACCUUCACACUAUGUCAAAAGGGAGCUCUCCCCGUGUGAAGACUGUGCCUGUGGAGAGCGCAACGAGGAGCCCCGAGUGGUGGGCGGUAUGGAGUCCGAUGUCAACGCGUUCCCGUGGCUGGGACGACUCAUAUACGAGAAAUCGUUCGGAUGCGCUGCCUCGCUCAUUAACGACAAGUUUGUCAUCUCUGCUGCUCAUUGUAUGAAAGGUUUCAUGUGGUUCAUGUUCCGAGUGAAAUUCGGCGAACAUGAUCGCUGCGACAAAACUAAGUUUGCCGAGACUCGGUACGUCGUAAAGGUGAUCGCCCACAGCUUCACACUGACCGAUCUGAGCAAUGACAUAGCUCUGCUGAUGCUCAACAAGCGAGUUGAGUAUACACACGCUAUCAGGCCCGUGUGUUUGCCUAAAAAUGAUGAUACAUUAUAUACUGGAACAACAGCAUUAGUAGCUGGGUGGGGAGCCAUGAACGAGACUGGCCAGUGGUCUUGCACCGUCCGUGAGGCAGAGUUGCCAGUACUGAGCAAUGAGGCCUGUCGAAACACCAACUAUAAUGCCUCCAAGAUUAAAGAUGUCAUGAUGUGUGCUGGUUUCCCGGAGACGGCUCAUAAAGAUGCUUGCACUGGUGACAGUGGAGGUCCACUGAUUGCAGAAAAUGAGGAACACAUGUAUGAUCUAAUAGGGAUAGUUUCAUGGGGAUUUGGAUGCGCAAGGAAAGGAUAUCCGGGAGUUUACACAAGAGUAACAAAAUUCUUAGAUUGGAUCAGAGAUAACACCCAGGAAGGCUGUUACUGCAAAGUGGGAGCAGAAAAUGACACAGAAUCUACAACGGAGCCAGUGCCUGAAGCCGUUGAGUAUGUACAGAAGUGUAACUGCCCGUGCUUCAAAAAUGUUGUAGCAAGAAAUAUUCUGCUUUUAAUGUUGGUAGGUUGUGGUGAACGCAACGAGGCUUCCCGGAUAGUGGGCGGGGUGGAGACUGCAGUGAACGAGUUCCCCUGGGUGGCGCGUCUAUCACUGCAUAACAAGUUCUAUUGCGGAGGUUCGCUCAUCAAUGACAGAUUUGUGCUCACUGCUGCGCAUUGUGUUACAUCGUUCAUGUGGUUCAUGAUAAAAGUGACUCUGGGCGAGCACGACCGCUGCAACACGACUCAUCCCCCGGUGAUCCGUUACGUCAUUAAAAUGGUGGCUCAUAACUUCAGCUUCUCGAACUUCAAGGAUGAUGUUGCUGUGCUGAGGCUGCACAGGCCAGUAAUUAUAACGGAUACUGUCAAACCUGUGUGUUUGCCGAAAAAUGAUGACGCAACAUAUGCGGGUGUGAACGCAAUAGCAGCUGGUUGGGGCACCGUAGGUGAGGGUAAGAACCACUCUUGCUACCUGCAGGAAGUGGAACUCCCGAUUCUUAGCAACGAGGCUUGCAAGAAUGCGAACUAUACUCCUACCAUGAUCGGAGAUGGCAUGCUCUGCGCUGGAGACCCGAAAACAGGAAUGAAGGAUACUUGUCAGGGUGAUAGUGGGGGCCCUCUGUCAGCUGAGAGAAAUGACAAACGACAUGAACAAUUAGGUGUGGUGUCAUGGGGCAUAGGCUGCGGUCGGCCAGGCUACCCCGGUGUUUACACGAGGGUGACCAAGUAUCUUGACUGGAUACGGAAGUUUGCUAACACUGGAUGCUUUUGUGCUGCCUAAGCAAGAUAGUAUAUUUGCCAGAACUUAUAUAUUUUGAA